CUAGGCUUAUCCUCCAAAUCUUGCGGCAGCUAAAACCGGCGAUUAUCUCAGAGGUGAAGCAAAAAGUGUUCAUCCUAUUGGUAUUGCCUUGCUUGGAGAGGGGUGGAAGUGGAAAUACAACAAGACCAAUAACGAACCCACGUCUGUUCCUUUCUAGGGUACAAAAGUAGAUCACAAGUCGUGACUUGUGAAAUAGACGGGUUUUCAGAUAGAGAUAUCUUCAAUACGAAUACAGAUUUUCGCUCUUCGGUAAGUAUUGAUGCUGCAUAGGAGAGAUCCGCGAAGCGGCGAGUGCUACUGAGUACUGAGGAAGCGAGGGAGAUUCUAUUUGAUUUUCUUGUCUCAUCACAUUUGGGCAUCAUCCAAGACCAAGAAUAUUUACAAAAUGAGAGUACUCGCCUCCGUGGUUGCUGCCGUCGUCGCUGGCGUAAGCGCGCAGAUGUUUCAGCCGGCGGUACUCAUUUGAUGAUGGCAGGCCUAUGAAGACAAAAUAUUUUCCAGCAAUAAAGUAGGAGACGACAGCAUCAUCUUGAUCGUAGGACUUUCAUUGAUUCGAUUUAGUAUAUAAUUGUCUACAUUGCACUCGCACUCGCACAGCCACAUGCACAAUCACCCCAAAUUCCAGGCUCCGGCUCUGCCUGCUUGUGAGGGUAUCAGUUGCGGUUCAGUAAGCUGCCCUGCCCCGUUUAAAUUCCAGUCCGCAGUGGAAGCUGGAACGUGCUGCCCGGUCUGCUUUUCCGCGGAUGUAUUGAUUUCUCUAGUUUUUCUUCAUGAUUUUCCUAAUACCUCGCCCUUUGAUUCUGAACUUGUUUGUCAGGUUCAGAAUUGAUGUAGAAAAACGUUUUAAUGUUUAUCUACCUUCUCUUCGUAGCAUCAUCUUCGUAGUUUUUAUUUUAGCCGGACCCCGUUUGCGUUUACCAUUAGUUAGUUUGCCUUUUGCAAUUAGGAGGUGAAGUUUGGAAUUCUGUAACAUGGAGAGAGAGCGACAGAGCGAAGCAAAAAGAUACAUAACAUCUUUAUUGUAGAAGACUUUCGUUGGAAAUAAUUGAUGAAAUUAAACUUGAACAAGUUCGCUAAGGGUAAGGAAUGAAAAGUACAACUAUGUAUCCACCACCAGGGUUAAUCAAAAAAAUUCAAAAAUCUUUGGACCUUCAGGUGGUAAUUCCGGGAAAGACACCGGAGCUUGCUAAGGGCGCACCUACUCAUCCCAAUGCACCGAGCUCCUGCUUUGAUCCCGUGCCAGUCUACUGCCCGCCGCUGAGCUGCCCGGCGGGUGCGAAGGAAACCUACGAAGAGGGAGACUGCUGCAAGAUGUGCAGUGUAGCGUGAAUAUAUCAAGUCUUUGACUUUGUCUUGAUCACGCAUCAGUAGAAUGAGCAUGAACAAAAAGAAAAAUAGUAAUAGCAGUGAUGUCAGACAUCGUCGGGUCUUCAACGAUGUUGUACAGAAGGGCGUCAAGUAGAUGUGGAUCUUCUUCUGGGGGCACCGGGAACGGCAAAUAACUCUUCCGGUGUCCUCUAUGCUUUCGACGUCUGCUGGAUUUGAUGAGGAAGCAGUAGUGGUAGGACCAUGAGAUGACAAUCUACGUACGUAGCCACGAGGAGCAAGAGUUGAAGAAUAGGUCUACUCUUUUCCAACACGACUUUCGUGUAGCUUUCACUUGUUUUUCAAUCUUUUUUUCCGUUCCGACGUCGUAUCCAGGUUCUGGUACUAGAUCAUGAAAUACAUUUUUCUCAGAGUAGAUUCAGAUAUCGACAAAAUGCUACUUCAGCAGGCACAUAUCAGACAAAUAGUUCUAGAGCACAUUGCAAUGAGCAAAACCAAAGAUUAUAUAGCAACAAGAUACAGGUUGAUACUAUGAUACGCGGAAGUAGAUCUUCAAAUCGGCUAUAGCCAUAUGAUAUGCUUCAGUCUAUGCCAGGCCUGGAAUUCGGACGAAAAGACGUAGCCUCAGAUGUCUAACACGAAGAACGUCUCAGGAUUCAGCUGCAGUGGGG